AUGUUGGUGGCUUUCAGAGCGGCAGAUUCGCGGGAUGCUCAUUUCUGGAGUUACACCGAGGUUCCGCUUGAGUGUCUGCAUGGAAGUGAAAUGUACAACCUGGUGCAGGAUGUAUAUUUAUCAAAGCCUGGAUACGACUUGGCCCUGUCCCUCGGCGUCAGCGUUGAGGAUGAUGUUCUCUAUGGAGUUUUCGUAAAGGGUUGGGAUGUCGAGGAAACGAUACCAUCAUCACAGAGCGCGCUUUGUGUGUACUCAAUGGCCACGGUGGAAAAAAUUUUCCUGGAAAACAUCGAGCUGUGUUUCAAAGGUGAAACCAGUAAGGUGAGUAGUAAUUUGGGAAGUUUUUUUUUUUUAAUGUGA